AUACUUCUUCAGUUUGUUUUAUAGGCUAAGCUCAUAACUAGUUGGAGAGUUCCGGCAGCUGUAGAGUGCUCCGGCGGUUCGUAGAGUGUUCCGGCAGCUAGGUUAAGAAUAUGGGCGGCACUGCCUUAGUACAGUAAAUAUUGUUUUGCGGUGAACACAUUUUUUUUGCAGAUUGUACUUUUUUAGAGGUUCAAGAUGUAUGUUAAAGCCUACACAGUUUAAUGCAGUGCAUUUCUUAUGUAUAUUUAGGGAUUCUUGUCCAACUUAAGAUUUAACAUUAUCUUCUUGCAUGGAGGAUAUCUUCUUGCAAGAAUCGCUUCUUGCGAUUCUUUCUAAGGAAUCGCUUGAGAAUCAUCUAAAUUAUCAAUACUUUUUUAAAAGAUGGUGGAUAUUUUGUUGAUUAUUUUUGAGACGAUGAUCCAUGGGUUGAAUGCGUCUUGGCUACUUAAGCCCUGGGGUUGAUGGCUCCCUGCAGUAUUACUGUAUAUUGAAUCUGAACCCACACGGCACUGUAUUAUUUGUAUACUUGGGCUAAUAAUGAUGUAUAAUGUAUCUCAAAAUCGUAAGAAGAGGGCUGUGGUAAUUUUAAUUCUCUAUUUAUAUAGAUUUAACAGCCCUUGGUGGUGCAGUGGUAAUGCACUUGCCCAAUGUCUCAUGAGUGAUGUGUCUAGGAUCGAGUCCUGGCCAGGGAGGAUUACCUGGACAUCAAUCAAAGGGGAGCCAGUCGGCGGAGCGGACAGCACGCUGGACUUGUGAUCCUGUGGUCCUGGGUUCGAUCCCAGGCGCCGGCGAGAAACAAUGGGCAGUUUCUUUCACCCUAUGCCCCUGUUACCUAGCAGUAAAAUAGGUACCUGGGUGUUAGUCAGCUGUCACGGGCUGCUUCCUGGGGGUGGAGGGGACACUAAAAAAAAAAGCCCCGAAAUCAUCUCAAGAUAACCUCAAGAAUCUUUAACCUGUUCAUCUCUAUUCACCCAGGAGGUUCUUAACUAAUUGGCAGGUCAUAUUCCAGGGAAAACUAGUGGAGUCUUCAUGUGGACAAUUUUGGAAGCAGCUUUGGAAAUUUCGUCACUACGUCAAGGAAAAGCUGUUACUUUGAACGUAAGAAAUCCUCACCAAUAGGAAAAGAUGUUUGGGCAACAACGUGCUGCUCCGUUUGGUAGCACCACAUCAACUUUCGGCACCGGGUUUGGAACCCCCAGCACCACAACCGGUACUACCGGAUUCGGAGCUACUACAUUUGGGCGUUCAGCCUUUGGAAAUACGCAACAGACAACAAGCUUUGGAGCAUCAACGACUCCAUUUGGAGCUGCUCCAACCUCCAGUACGUCUCUGUUUGGGACACAGCCACAGCAGACUAGCGGAGGACUGUUUGGACAGCAACAGCCCACACAAACCUCGACUAGUUUCAGUCAGCCGAGUACUGGUUUUGGCACUAGUGGCGGAGGACUCUUUGGCCAGACUCAGCAACCAACUGGCACUGGUCUAUUUGGAAGCACCACUACUGGUGCCUUUGGAGCGCAGCAGUCCACUCAGAAUCGCCCCUUUGGUUUUGGUCAGACUAUCACCAGCAGCACCAGCACUGCUGGCGGGCUCUUCAGCUCUACACAGCCUGCAACUGGAGGGGGCCUCUUUAGCACUGGUGUUGGUUUCGGUGGAACCGGUGGUGUGAGUGGUACAACAGUCAAGUAUGAACCGGUAACUGGCAGCGACACCAUGACCAGAAAUGGGGUCUCGACAAGCAUUCGCACAAAAAUUGAAGUCAUCUCUACUAUGAAAGAGUAUGAAAACAAGUCACUAGAAGAAUUACGUGUUGAAGACUAUCUUGCCAAUCGGAAGGGACCUGGUCAGGGUACAACCAUUCCUGGGUUUGGUCAGACACAGCAGCAAGCGGCGCAGCCUCAGCUCGGCGGCACGGGGCUCUUCGGCACCACCAGUGGCACAUCUCUAUUUUCAUCUACCAAACCUCCAGAGAAUAAGACACUCUUUGGUAGUGGAACUUCGACUGGAUUUGGUACACCUACUGGUGGAAGCCUUUUUGGAUCGACUGCAACAACUCCUGCCUUUGGACAAACGAGUACAGCAUCCAACCCAAGCUUCUCCUUCAACACACAGCAGCAGCAGCAGCAACAAAAGAGCACUGGGUUUAAUUUUGGCAGUACUGCUACCACUUCUCCGUCCCUAUUUGGCUCUACACCACAGCAGCAGCAGACGUCGGGAUUUGGCCUUGGCGGUGGAUUCCAGUUAGGCCAGACUACUCAGCAGCAGAAUACUGGAGGGCUUUUUGGUAAUCAGAACAAACCUGGAGGAUUCCUCUCCAAUCAGAACACAAGUGGAGGUCUCUUUGGCAGUAAACCAGCUGGCAUAACCCAACCACUUUCUACAGGCUUCGGCACCACAUCGGCUGUAACCCCUUUUGGCCAGGCCACUAACACCAGUGCAGGAGGGGGGCUCUUUGGGGCCCAGAAUACUCAGAAUAAGACAGGAAUAUUUUCUGGAUUUAACAACAAUUCUAGUUUUGGGAGCACGGGUCUCUUUGGGCAGACGAACAAUCAGCAAAAGCCUGGUGGUGCGAUCUCCUUUGGUCAGUUUGGAAGCACAAAUACCAUGGGACAAACGCUGGGCACAAACACCGGAACUGGCCUCUUUAAUCCCAGUGGCGUGAACACGAAUGUCGGCAUGACCGGCACUGGUCUCCUCAACACGAACUCGGCAUUUGGUAUGCCUCAGCUAAAUAUGAUGGGCAAUGCUGGAGGAGGUAUCUACACUGAUCUGGGCAAGCUGGUGAAGGCAAUGACGGAGAAACCAAUUUUCGACAUCCCGUUGGGCAGCACGACAUCCUCAUCGUCAGAUAGAAGCAGCAGUACAUCAAGUAAUGAUCAAGGCAGCUCCAAGUUGCCUAGCUCCAGUCUGAAGCCCACUUACGUUCUCUCUCCAUCGCUUGUCUCAAACAAACCGAAGCCAAAGCCGAUAAAUAAGGCCAACAACCAAGGGAAUGAUCGUCAUUGGCUGUUCAAAGGACUAGAAGACCCCAGCGAGGAAAGUUCAGAAGAUUUCCUAAAGCCCAAGAAAUAUCCCAGUGUCAGAAAACUGAAUCUUAAGGUAUUCAAAGGAGUUAAAACCGAUUCCGCCUCUUUAGGCAGCACGCCAGAGAGGGCGCACGGCAACUCAAGUAGUGAUGCACCCUCUCCUCUUACCACGCCUAUCAGCUCCCUGGGUGACAAUUCCACACUUCGUACUAGUGGUUCGCUCUCGCACGAUAAUUCUCCGACACCAGAAAUAAUCAAGGGUCGAAGCAAGGUGAAGAGACUUAAUUUGGUUGACAAACAUGGGCAGAUGAACGACACACUGGUGGACCUCAAUGUGAACCACUUGAAGGUCACGGAGCCCGCUGAUGACCAUCCGGACGCAGAUGAUUUAGUUGACCACGAUAAAACUGACCUGGAUGCAGAGGCCAACAAGGAGAAUAAUGUUUCCCUCUUCAAUUCUGUAGAUGAAGAAGACCUUCCUGAGAUCAUUAAUAGGUCUUCCGAUAAACCACAUCCUGCUGGUGUCAAGUUAACUCGCUCCGGAUACUACACGCUUCCCUCCUUGGAUGAUCUCGGAGAGAUGGUCGACUCCGAAGGAAGAUGUCUGGUGGAGAACUUCACUGUGGGAAGAUAUGGCUAUGGCAACGUGUGCUUCCUAGGCGUGACGGACAUAGCUAGCAUUGACUUGGAUGCUGUGGUGUUCAUCUUGAGGAAGCAGAUAGAGGUGUAUCCUGAGGGCACUCAGAAACCUGGUCAGGGUCAGGAACUUAACAAACCUGCUGUUAUCACACUAGAUUGUGUGUGGCCCAUUGAUAAGACAACACGUGAGGUGAUCAAAUCGACUGAACGACUCGAGAGCAUGUCGUGGGGGGAUUACCUUGAACGUCAGUGCGUAAAAAUGGAUGCCAACUUCAUAGAAUAUCGCCCUGAAACUGGAUCAUGGGUCUUCAAGGUAAAGCAUUUCUCGAAGUACGGCUUGCAAGAGGAUAACGACGAGGAGGAUAUGGCGACCAUCCCUCCCAAGACCAACCAGAUCCAGCCAAUCCCACCUCAGAGUGGAGCUGCGACUCAGCUUCCUGCUCUACCCAUGCACAUCUCGGUUCCUCCGGUGACGUCUCUUACGUCACCCCCGCAGUUCGGACUUAGCCAGAUGACCAUGCCAAGCUUAGCUUCCAAGCAGGCAUCUCAGCCAAGGUAUCUUGACAGCCCUCAUCAAGAUGUUCAAGUUCCAGAUGAUGAAGUUAUGGACUCAUCUAUUGCAAAGGAACCUGAGGAGAGCGCGUCUUUGAGUAUUAUGUCUCCAAGUUCGGAGCGACUGACCGUGCUGUCUAGAGUAGUGCCUAGGACCGUUCAGCUGGCUAAGUCGCAGAUGUUUGGUGCCGAUGAUGAUGACGAACCUCUCCAAACGACCAGAGAAUCCACACCUACACCACAGGGGCCCAGAGUGUCGAGCAAGAAACUGAUGUUGGCAACAGAUUCGUCUUUAAACCAGAGUCGGGGAGCAACAAUGAGCCCCGUGCCUAGUGAACCCAAGGCGCGGGUUGUUCUCCACCUUCAGCCACUUGCCAUGGCUUCUCCACCAAAAGCCAAUGUACAGACAGAAUCCUGCCCUGCACCUCCUUUUCGGGAUUCCCGUUGCGAGUAUGAAAUGCUGCCAAGCGGUUGUGACGUUGGUACAGAGGUGGGCCAUGUUCCUCCCCAGCAUCAGACGACCAUCGUUCCCUUUGCCUCUUCCCUCAUGUAUGGACUGGAUCAUUGUUUGUCAGAUAUGGGGGCUUUCAUGGGACGCUCCUUCAGGGUGGGGUGGGGUCCGUGCUGGAAUUUGGUGCACGCAGGCACACCGCUCGCUUCAACCACCAUGGAGGAGUGCAGUGAUGACGUGACUGCGAUGGAAGCGGCUGUAACACAUCCUUCACCUGCUUCCUUCCUCUUCCUUGGCUCUCUGGCUUCCCAUCCCAAAACGGCUCCGAGUGCAGAUUCUCCCAGAUACAACUUGAUGGUAGAAAAAUUGCACACGGUCCAACCCCACUCACACACCAAACAUCACUUAACUGAGGCCAGUUUAGAAUGCGUAUUGGAACGAAGUAUUUUGGACAUUGACGAGAUGAGCGAAUCCAAAGACCCAAAGUGCCCCUUUUUCCGGCCAGCGAAGGAUAUAGACUUGCUGCAUCAGCUGGCAGAGACUGCUGCAUCGUUUGGCCACGAAGACCCCACUAUCUCCAAUAUAUUUAAUCUGUGUGUGGCACUCUGGGGGAGAUUGGACUUCUACUCUCCCGAGUCGGGUGAGUCGAUGCAAGAUUCGUUGGAUGGCGAGAGCGAUUACAGUGUGUCUCGAGCACGAGUAGAAGCCGUAAGCCAGUGGUUAGAAGCAGUGAGUCAUGCAACUGUCCAGGAGGAAGUGGCCAUUGCCUUAAACAAAGACAACAGUGAAGAAGGCUACCUUGAUGCUGUGUUUGCUCAUUUGACUGCACGACAAAUCUCCGAGGCUUGUGUCUUGGCACAGGAUGAAGGUGAUCACCACCUGGCUUUGCUGUUGGCCCAGGCUUGCCUUGGCCAGGAUGCUCCACGACAGAUUCUAGCACAACAGCUAGCAAACUGGGCCGAGGGUGGAACUGAUGCCUUGAUGGCCCCAUCUCGGCUGGCACUGUACUCGCUGCUAGCUGCAGCCCCCACUCACCAAGCCUCUCACACCACAGUUAACACUUGCCAUGGACUUGACUGGAGAAGAGCAUUUGCCCUUCAUUUGUGGUAUGUUUGUCCGGCAACUUCGACCAUAAUGGAAGCUCUUCAAGAGUAUGAGCAAGCAGCAGGACUAAGAGGAGAUGCACCUAGUUACUGUGAAGCUCCUCUACCUCCAUAUCUAGCAUACCAAGCCUUACCUAAUGGCAUGAAAGCUAGCUAUGAUAUCUGCUACCACUUGCUGAAGUUGUAUACCGAUCCCAUGCACCAGCUGGAAGCACUACUUAAUCCUGCCACCAUCACGCCAGACCCACUGGAUGUUACUGUCAGCUGGCUGCUGUGGCGCAUCUUGGAGAGUCUCAAUUACCAGCACCUCUCGCGACAACUAAGUGCCAGCCUUCACCUGAGUAUGGCAGCUCUCAUGGAGUCAGCGGGGCAGUGGCACUGGGCCAUUUUUGUCCUUCUUAAUAUUAAUGAGGAAGAAAGACGCAGGAAAGAAGUGCGAGAGCUUCUGCAGCGUCAUGUUGCCGUCGGUGAAGAGAACGAGAGCAACCCAAAGUAUGCUAUGCAGGAGGACUUUGUAAUCUCAAAACUCAGCAUUCCCAAGAAGUGGAUACACCAAGCGAAAGCGACUAAGGCUCGCUCUUUAAAUAUGGUUGAUGAGGAAGCAUGGUACCUGUUGAAGGCUGGUGAAUACAAUCGUGCUCACAUGCUUAUUGUUGACACUAUUGCUCCAAAUUCUAUUAUAAAUGAGGACCAUCACUACCUUCACAGCUUCUUGGACCAACUUCGUGAUGAUGGCGUAUGCAGUACUGUUGUGGAUUGGGCCAUUGGUGGAGGAGUGUAUGCGGAUUACCUGGAUGUAUGCUCUGUGGUGGAGGACAUGAAGAAAUCUGCCGACCCUACGCCUGCCAUGCUGGAGCAACUUCGGCCACGUCUUCUAGCACUUUGCUCCAGGCUGAAUAACCUAAAGUGUCAGACUGCUACACAUAGGUUGUGUGUGUCGGAGAUGAGCCGCGUGGUGGUCGGGGUUCUGAGGGCAGUAUUGGGGGAGGGCACCGAUGCAACGCAGGUGCUCUCUCAACAACUGUCCGGUCUGCCCCUCACUCACGACUACGCCCUCACUGAACUGAAUAUGGUCACCACGCACUACCUGACGCAUCUUUCUGCCGAGACCUGAAGGGACACGGACCAUGCUCUCUGGGGGUCUUGUGUGACAUUUACUAUUUGUUGUGUUCUUGAAAGUGCAAGUUAAGUUUCGUAUCCUACUUAGUUUUUAAUAAUAAAAUUCAUUACUACCAAACAUUGAUGUGAUACAGAAUAUGAACGCUUCAAUAUUGAUGUUUGAUUUUGUAUGUUGUCAUAUUUAGAACAACUCAUUUAUGGUAUUCACAUUUUUAGCAACAAUGUGUAGUGGUGGCAACUGCACUUGUAAUUAGAAACAUGUCAUUGGUACAAAAAGAUAGUGAUGACGAGUGUUCAGCAUUGAACACAGGAUUGUAUGUGCAUUCAUUCUGAUGUCUCUUGGGUUCGUGAAUAACUGACUCGGAAUAAAUGGCUGUGCUUCCCUAGUGUGGGGUGGUGAGAAUGUUGUGAGGGGGCGAUGCGUUUCACAAAAGUAUUGUGAGGAUACGCCUCAUAAUCUCUGUAGUUUUGCAUAUGUAUAUUAUAGAUAACAAUAAAUUUUUAAAGUUGA